GCUAACCUGAAGCGGAGUUCACAUAAGACGACGUCAGUUGACCUUGUGCUGGAGCCCUGUCUGCAAACAGACCGUCGUCCCGGGAAAACAUGAGCAGUCUCCCCGCCAUGCCGCAGUUAGCCGUGCCUCAGAUGCCCGCGCUACCCAGCUCGGGUUUCAGGCUAUCCAAAGAGCAUUUUUUGGUGGCCGUGCCAGUCGCAGUGGUCGCAGCUGUCGGAGGCUUCCUGGUCAGCCACUACCUGAGUGGACGGAGCUGUAAAAAGAGCCAGGUGAACACGUGCAUCAGCAAAGACAGUCCCAAAGUGGUCCACAGCUUCGACAUGGAGGACAUCGGUACCAAGGCUGUGUACUGCCGCUGCUGGAAGUCAAAGAAGUUCCCUUACUGCGACGGAGCCCACACCAAACACAACGAGGAGACCGGGGACAACGUCGGGCCUCUCAUCAUCAAAAAGAAGGAUACUUAAGUCAACCAAUCACAGAACUCCAUCUUGCCUCGACUUGUCCUUUGCCCACCCCCUCUCAGUUUGUCCACGUGUUUAUGAUAAUCAUUAACGCUGUCUAAUUGAUAAAUGCUAAUAAACUGUGACACUCAAAACAAAGGAUACAAAGAAAAAAUGUUGAUAUCUGUUAUUCCACCGGUUCCCGCAUUGGAUGACAUUGAAAACCAAAGGUCAUUUGAGGAGAGAUAAGGAAGGAACUUUGACAAUCAACAGUCAAACAGGAAAGUGUUUUGUCUGCACAGUUGUAAUUUGAUGGCUUUAACAUUCUGAAUUUUGCAUCAUCUCCUCCCGUUUGGUUUCACCUGUAUUCCCCCACCCCCCCGUCCUCUCCUCCUCGAUGUGGAGCAGGUGGUUGAUACAUAAUGAGCUGGCAGCGCGUAGCCUCAGUCAGACCAGUGUUUGAUUGGAAUUCGUCACAGGCCUUAUAAUCUACAUCCCAGAGUCUGAACACGCAUAACUAAUGUGAAUGUUACUUGAUUUUUGCACAAAUACAGGAAACCACUAAGUUUUGUUUUUUCUCUGCUCUUGUCAGGGGAGGCAGAAGUUUAGUUUGUAUGACAUAAUAAUUUUUAGUCUUGGGAGCUGUUGAAACACUAUCGACUGUAAGCGCUUAUUAUCUGCUUUCUGGGGGAGCUGUUGUAUUUAAUCUGUAAAGUGUAAACCUCUGCUUAUGAAGGAUAUACUUUGCUUUUUCAUGAGAUUAAUUUUCUACUGGCUGCGGUGUGUCUGACUUGAUGACUUGUCCUGUAUUUUGUGAAUAAAACUUGAUGAGCAAUGUGA